CUGGCUCCGCUGAAGAUGAGCGCCGUGUUUCUCCUGCUCUUGGUGUCCACUGCAAACGUCGGUGCCGCGCUGGAAAAGGGUCUGCCGAGACGGGAACCGCGGCGCCUCUCGUGUGUGCGAUGCUGCGGGCCUUCAGAGCAGCCCGUCUCCAUCAUCUCCUCACGAUACACGAGGAUGAGCAGCGACCCUGCCUACUCAGUACCCAAAGUCCAGCCCACUAUAGAUAUCACCAUCCUCAAAGGUGAGAAGGGUGAAAUGGGAGAGAAGGGGUACCCUGGAGCAGUUGGGAAGGAGGGAGAAAGAGGGCUACGUGGCUUUAAUGGACGGAAGGGACAGAAAGGCCAAGCUGGCCCACAAGGCCAUUCCUGCAAGCAGCUCUACGCCGCUUUCUCAGUGGGUCGGAGAAAACCCCUUCAUAGCUCAGACUACUUCCAGCACGUCACUUUCGACACCGAGUUCGUGAACCUCUACAAGCACUUCAAUAUGUUCUCGGGGAAGUUCUUCUGCUAUGUGGCAGGAAUCUACUACUUCAGCCUCAACGUCCACACCUGGAACUUCAAGGAGACCUACCUGCAUUUGAUGAAGAAUGAGAAAGAGGUGGCCAUCCUCUACGCCCAGCCCAGUGAUCGGAGCAUCAUGCAGAGCCAGAGCCUGAUGCUGGACCUGCAGGAAGGAGAGGAGGUCUGGGUGAGGAUGUUCAAGCGGGAGCGAGAAAACGCCAUUUAUAGUGAGGAGUCUGAUGUUUACAUCAUCUUCAAUGGUCAUUUAAUCAAGCCAGCCAUAGAGUAG